AUGAUUGUAUCCUUGUUUGAGCUGACAGUUCCACAAAUUUACUACGACCAAUGGCCUGAAGAAGUAAAUCCAGCAAAUUCUAGCACUAUUCUUGAAAUAAUUGCGAGCAUUGAAAGGCACAACCGAACAUUGGCAAGUUCUGAGAACAAGACAACGCUUGUACAUUGCAGUGAUGGAUCUGGACAAACUGGGACAUUUUGUGCCAUUUCAAAUCUAAUCGAGAGGCUGAAAAAUGAAAAUCGUGUUGAUGUCUUAAGAACAGUGAAACAUUUGAGGGAUCAAAGACCGAUGAUGGUCCGAAAUAAGGGUCAAUAGGAAUUUUGCUAUCAGGCUGUCAGCGACUUUCUUCAAUCAUUUCAUCUUUGUGAAAACUUUCAAGAGAGAGAAGGAAGCGACAAUAUGGACCAAUAAAAUACAAUUCAUUGUUUCAUAUCAACUCAUACAAGUAUCAAGACUUAUGUCUGCUAGCAAAUACAACGUAUUCAGUUGAUAAAUCACAUAGUUGAUAAAAGAUUUACAAAGUUUUAUUCCGAUCAUGAAUACUAAAUUAUAUAAUCAAACAUUUACAAU